CGUAACCGAACCGUAUGGACGACGUCACAGCUAGCAUGUGCCGAGUCUGACUCUGUGCUUUCUAGAACCUUCUCCCCGGUCGCCGCCGAACGACAUCGAAACAUUUAAGCCAGCGAGAAACACUAUUAUCAAAUCGACGAGAUGUCUGUCAUUUCCCAGGAACACGUUCGCGGGGGGAGCGUCUUUAAAGACCUGAGCGCCGACGACGAAGACUGGCAGCCCACCGAGAUCGAGAGCUUGUGCAUGAACUGCUACCAGAACGGUACGACACGUUUGCUCCUCACCAAAGUCCCUUUCUUCAAAGAAAUCAUCGUCAGCUCGUUCAGUUGCGACCAGUGCAGCUGGUCCAACACGGAGAUCCAGUCCGCGGGGCGCAUUCAAGAGCAAGGCGUGUGCUACACGCUCAAAGUCACGAGCAAGCGCGACUUGAACCGCGAGGUGGUCAAAAUGGACAGCGCGACCACCAGGAUACCGGAGCUCGAUUUUGAGAUCCCUCCCUUCACACAGAAAGGCGCCUUAACCACCGUUGAGGGCCUUCUGGACCGAGCCGUGGCCGGGCUGGAGCAAGACCAAGCGGCCAGGCAGGAGGCCGACCCCGAGGUGGCUGGCAAAAUCCACACCUUCCUCCAGAAGCUGAAGACGUUAAAAGACGUGGAGGAGGCGUUCACCGUGGUGAUCGAGGAUCCGUCCGGGAACAGUUUUGUGGAGAACCCGUCCGCCCCGCUGAAGGACGAGGCCCUGACGGUGUCCUGGUUCCGCCGCAGCGUCCGGCAGGAGAAGCAGCUGGGCCUGCGGGCCGACGACGAGCCGGACGACGAGCCGCCGCCCGGCGACGACCUGGACACCAUGAGGAGCGAGGUGCUGGUCUUCAACACCAACUGCCCCGAGUGCAACGUGCCGGCCUUCACCAACAUGAAGCUGGUGCAGAUCCCGCACUUCAAGGAGGCCAUCAUCAUGGCCACCAACUGCGACGCGUGCGGCCACCGCACCAACGAGGUCAAGUCGGGCGGCGCCACCGAGGAGAAGGGCACCAGGAUCGCCCUGCGCAUCACCGCCGCGUCCGACAUGACACGGGACCUGCUCAAGUCGGAGACGUGCUCCGUCUACAUCCCCGAGCUGGACUUCGAGCUGGGCAUGGCGGCGCUGUGCGGCAAGUUCACCACCGUGGAGGGCCUCCUGACGGAUGUCAAGGACCUGGUGGUGGCCAAAAACCCCUUUGUGUGCGGGGACAGCUGCGACUCGACCCGCGCGCAGAAGCUGCAGGAGUUCGGCGCGAAGAUCGACGGCAUCAUCGCGGGGCAGACGCAGGCCCAUCUGGUCCUGGACGAUCCGGCCGGGAACAGCUACCUGGAGAACGUGUACGCGCCCGAGGCCGACCCGGAGAUGACGGUGGAGACGUACACGCGCACGUUUGAGCAGAACGAAGAGCUCGGGCUGAACGACAUGAAGACGGAAGGCUACCAGGAAGACAAGUGAAAAGGAGAAGCGCCUCCAAAAUGUCUAAAAACAAGAUUGAACUCCUGACGAGGGUUGUUUUAUCACAUCACGUUUUUGGACUUGUUGAGUUGAGUGCUGCUUAGGACAUUUUAAUCAUGGCCAUACGACGAUCCAAGUAUGGACAGUCGGCUGAUGAACAUUUGAAAUAUUACGAGUGUGUUGAAUUGUCCAUGUACAAGUACACUCUUUAUCUUCACUAGUAAGACAAUUCAGCUCACUAGUAGAAUGACUACGUUACCACUGAGGCAAAACUGCACGAGUUGACAACUGCAUGCGACUCUUUCAAUUUCUACUAGCUAACAUCACGCAUUUCACUAGUAAUACUAGCAGCAUUAUCGAGUGCGCAGUUUUGCCCCACUAAUUACAUAUGGACGGAUAUGGAAUAAACGCUCAAACGGCUUUCCAUAAGGAUAAUUCAUUGGAUAGGAAGAUGGGAUUUUGGUUGCAGGGCGCUCCAGUAAUUGUCUCAAUUUAGAUUAUUCCAAACGUCAGAAAUAAUUUAACAGAGCAGCACUCAAUGAAACACUGAACUGGAUAUUUUCUUAACUUUAUUAUGCCAUAUUUUAUUUGGACAAUGCCCUAUUUGCUGUCAUAUGAUUUUGGGGGGACCUUGUAUGUUUAAUGUGAGGUGGUAUGUCCAAUUAAAACUGCAGAAGUAUGUUGCACAUUUAUCAUGUUUAAAAAAAAAAAAAAAAAAAAUCUGUCGACAAGCGCAAAAAUGAUUUGGAAAUAAAAGUUGUCAUGAUGUCAACAA